AUGGAGGGGAAGAACUGUUUUCGCACCAGGUGGUCGCAGUCGCCGCUGUACAGCGGUGGCAAUGUCGCCUCCCUGCAGCUGCCGGCCCCGCGCGGGGUCUCCUCCGCGUCGUUGUCUUCGUCCGCGUCCGCGUCCGCGCCGGGCGAGGAGGGCCUUGUGAUGGCCUGCGGCGACACCGUGAACGUGCUUCGCGCAAGCACGGGGGAGCUGUUGGCGUCGUACAAACUGCCGCUGGAGGACGUCAUCCUUCGUGUGGAUGCCGUGUCGAUUAUGCCUCGCGAUGAGUCGACGCCUGGCACCGCCAACUGCGUUGCCGGGAAUGGCAAGAAGCGAAGGCUUGACAAGGCGAAGGAAGAAACAAAAGCGGCGGAAGGAAACGACUCGGAUCUGAGGAACCCAUCACUCGAUCCCUCUCCUACUGCGUCCGCGCCUUCCGGUAGUUACAUUGCCGUAGGCACUCGAACCCUGCAGGUCUACGUGCUGCGGCUUGACCGCAUCCAUGAGGAGGGGGAGGCCAAAGACACCGCCUCCCCGGUGACUCCUUCCACCAGUCACAGCGAAGACUUCUCGUGUGCACUCACGCCGCUGCGUAGCUGGACGGCGGCUCAGCAGGCCAUUGCCGUGGUUCAGUUCACCUUCAGUGGACGCUACCUUGUUUCUGGUUCCACCGAUGGUGGGGUAAAAGUGUGGGAUGUCUUUAAUCACCACCUCACACAUAAUCUACGCAUUCCUUCAGCUAGCCUCGUCCACUCCGUUUACGUUGACCCGACAGAAAAAUUGCUCUGUGUGGCAAGCUUCGAAGGUCACGUAGCGGUGUUUGACUUUGUUGGCAAAACCCUUAUUACGCACGGCCACCCUCACGUCUCGGCCGUGGAGGCGUUGUGUUUGACGCCUAACAAUGAACACCUGUUUUCAAUUGGGCGUGACCGCAAACUUGUCAUCUGCGCAGUGGACUCACCCAAGCUAGAGGAGGUGCGUAGCUUUGUCGUGAAGGAGCACGUCACCAGUGCGGUGUUUGAGUCCCCCUUUCGACUGCACGUUGGCGCGGUUGACGGGACACUUGCCACCUACAGGGUUGGUGUCACGGAGCCUUUGCGGCUUGCGCGCCGAAUGCGAGGGCACUCCGUGGGGGCCGACGGACCCGCAGACGAUGAAGGGGCCAUUCGAAGUUUGCUGGUUGCGCAGAGCCCCAAAGGGAUGCAGGAGGCCGGGCCUCUGUACGGUUUGCUCGACGACGGCAACUCUUCGUCGCUCUACGCCGCUGACGCCGCCUUCAACAUCUCGCUGCUUCGCCCCGACGCAGCGGGGAGCGGGUACAGCGCCGCCUCCACGCUGGUGGGAUUCUUAGACCAGGUGCUGGACCUCAAGCCCUUUCCCCCCGGAUUUCCGUUUCAGCGCGUCGUCGUAACAAAUAGCAGAGACGUGCGCUGCUAUCCGACGAGCGGCUGCUUUUCCUCCCAGACCCUGCGCGGGCACGAGGACAUUGUGUUGACGUGCGCCGUUUCUGCCGACGCCGGCGUCAUUGCCACCGCUGGGAAGGACCGCGAGAUUCGCUUCUGGUCCACCGCCACGUGGGAAACCGUUGCGAUUGGGCGCGGCGGCCACGAGGCCGACAUCACCGCCAUUGCCUUUAACGCCAAACAGUCGGAGAGCUUCAUGGCGCUCUUCUCCGUAGGCGCCGACGAGAACCUGCGGCUCUGGGAUGCCGGGGUGCACGUCGUCCCUGCGCUGCCGCAUGCUGGGACGGCAGCGAAGCCGCCAACGGCGGCCACUCCCGUUGUCUUCGCACACCGCUCCGGCAUUAACGCCGCCCACGAGGGUUCCAUCCACGCGGUGGCGGUCGCCCCCAAUGAUCAGUACUUGGCAACCGCCGGUAAGGACAAGAACGUUCAUCUGUGGAACUUCACUGGCAAAAAGCUCUUUCGAGAGGCCUCUUUGAAGGGCCAUCGUCGUGCGGUGUCGUCGCUCUCGUUCUCUCCGAGUGACCGUGUGUUGGCGUCUGCGUCGAACGACGGAAGUAUUCGUCUAUGGUCCCUCAUUUCCUUGACCUGUGUGAAGGCGCUGCAGGUGGACCGCAGCCCUGUAUUGCAGGUGGCAUUCUUUAAUGGGGGAACACAACUUGUGACUGGAAACGCGGAGGGUGUCCUGCGUGUUUGGGCGAUCGCCGAGUCGGAGGUGGUCUGGUCCGGCGAGACACACGAGGGCGGAGUGUGGGCGUUGAGUGUUGUGGAGCAGGUGCAUGAGAGUGUCUUGCUCUUGUCGGGCUCCGCGGACGGGGUGUUGGUGGCCACCGAGGACUACACCUCAGAGGAGGCGGAACGCGUGCGCAGCGAGCGCCACGACGCGAUACUGCAGGAGCAGGAGCUUGCCAACGCCCUGCGCAAGGGGCAAUACACGGAGGCCUUCAUGCUCGCGUUGCGGCUGAACCACCCACGAAACCUGCGGCAGGUUAUCAUGAGGUGGUCGGUAAAGGACCCACAGGAGUGUGAAGCCUCGCUGUGUCGCUCGAUCCUUCCCUCGCUCAGCGAGGAGCAGCUGCUGCGGCUCCUGCAGUUUACACGCGAGUGGGUCACCAACGCCCGUUACUGCGGUGUCGCGAGCCUUGUGAUGCACUCCGUCCUUGCGGCGUACCACUUCACGGCGUUGGCCGCCAUGCCGGCGGUGCGCAGUAUACUGGAGGCGCUUCUAGCGUACAUGCAGCGACACAGUCAACGCCUCCACGAGGUCCUGCGGCGGACGUACUACAUUGACUACGUGACUCGCUCGCUGGGUCCACUGACACUCACAACCGAGCCGCCUUUUCUUCGCGCUGCCGCCAACGUGGAUGGAGUCCCGCAGAAACGGCAGCGCUCCGCCGAGGCUGUUUAG